AUGCCUGCCCUGCCUGCCCUUAAGAACACUGUCGUCAUUUUCAAGGAAGAACCCAAGGGAUGGGUCGAGGAGAAGCACAUGGAAGUCGUGCACAAGGACUUCAACCCCGACACCGCUGAAAUCAAGCCUGGUCACGUACUGGUCAAGACCUUGUACCUGUCCUUGGAUCCUUAUAUGCGCAUGCGAAUGGCCACGAAGGACAAGUCGUACAUCGACCCUUUCAAGAUUGGCGAGCCUCUGAAGGCAGAGGGCGUGGGUGAGGUUUAUCGCGCCGGAACGGGCAGCAAGCUGCAGAAGGGCGAUCUUGUGAUUGGGGUGGAAAAGGGCCUGCAGAAGAUUGAGAAGAAGGCCGACGUGCCCUUGUCUUACUUCCUUGGAAUUCUCGGCAUGCCUGGCUACACGGCGUACAUUGGCCUCACGAAGAUCGGUGAGCCCAAAGCCGGCGAGACCGUCUACGUCAGCGCAGCCUCGGGCGCCGUUGGCCUUGUAGUGGGACAGAUUGCGAAAGCCAAGGGCUGCCGCGUGAUUGGAUCGGCUGGAAGCGACGACAAGGUCAAGCUCCUUCUCGAGGAGGCCAAAUAUGACGCCGCCUUCAACUACAAGACGGUGAAAUCGUACACCGAUGCAUUGAACGAGCACUGUCCCAAGGGCAUCGAAGUCUACUGGGACAACGUCGGCGGUGAAAUGUUGGACGCUGUGUUACCGUUGAUGAACCCCUACGGACGUAUUCCUGUCUGCGGCUCCAUCUCCCAGUACAACGCGACUGAGCCCUACGGCGUCAAGAACCUCACCGCAGUUCUUAAAUUCAAGCUGAAGAUGCAAGGUUUCAUCGUCUUCGACCACUACGCCGACCGGGAGCUUUACAAGCGUUUCCAGGAGGAAGUCUCCCAAUACAUCAAGGAGAGAAAGAUCGUGUACCACGAACACGUUGAUGAGGGCAUUGCUAACGCUCCGGCUGCGUUCAUCGGUCUGCUGAAGGGCCGCAACCGUGGAAAGCAGAUUAUCAGGGUGGCCUGA